AUGGCGUCCAGUUGGGUUUCUGAUCUCUUCUCGUUUCUUUUUGUGGGAAGCUACUGGUUGCUUGGUGACACAUCCCCCAAACCAGCCUCCUCCUUAGAUCAGCUGUCCUCACCAGAAUUCGCCCACUCAAUUCGAAUAGACGGGGACAUUAUUUUGGGAGGUCUGUUCCCUGUACAUGCGCGCGGUGAGAGGGGCUUGCCCUGUGGUGAGCUCAAAAAGGAGAAGGGCAUACACAGACUGGAGGCCAUGCUGUUUGCCAUAGAUCUCAUUAAUAAAGACCCAGAGCUUUUGCCCAACGUAACCCUCGGUGCCAGGAUUUUAGACACUUGUUCCCGGGACACGUAUGCCUUGGAGCAGUCCCUUACCUUCGUGCAGGCCCUUAUUGAACGGGAUGGGUCUGAUGUCCGCUGUGCCAACGGAGAGUCUCCCAUCUUCGCCAAACCAGACAAAGUGGUCGGGGUCAUCGGAGCGUCGGCGAGCUCCGUGUCCAUCAUGGUCGCCAACAUCCUCAGACUUUUUAAGAUUCCUCAGAUCAGUUACGCGUCCACGGCCCCUGAGCUCAGUGACAACACGCGCUAUGACUUCUUCUCUCGCGUGGUGCCUCCGGACUCGUACCAGGCUCAGGCCAUGCUGGACAUCGUCACGGCGAUGGGCUGGAACUUUGUCUCCACCUUGGCCUCGGAGGGGAACUACGGGGAGAGCGGGGUGGAGGCCUUCGUACAGACCUCCAGAGAAACAGGUGGAGUGUGCAUCGCUCAGUCCCUAAAGAUCCCCCGUGAGCCCAGGACCGGAGAGUUUGACAAAAUCGUGCUGCGUUUGCUGGAGACACCCAACGCCAGAGCUGUCAUCAUGUUCGCCAAUGAGGAUGACAUCCGGAGGAUCUUGGACGCAGCUAAACGGAACAACUUGACGGGUCACUUCCUGUGGGUGGGCUCAGACAGCUGGGGCUCAAAGAUCUCCCCUGUGCUACACCAGGAGCGAGUGGCAGAGGGCGCUAUCACCAUCCUGCCCAAGAGAGCAUCUGUAGAUGCUUUUGAUCGUUACUUCAAGAGUCGAUCACUGUCCAAUAAUCGCAGAAAUGUGUGGUUUGCUGAGUUCUGGGAGGAGAACUUUGUUUGUAAACUCGGAAUGCACGGGAAGAGACCAGGCAGCCCCAAGAAGUGUACAGGUCUGGAGAAGGUUGGCCGGGACUCGAUUUACGAGCAGGAGGGUAAGGUGCAGUUUGUGAUGGACGCGGUGUACGCCAUGGCCCAUGCCCUCCACAGUAUGCACCGACAGCUGUGCUCCGGAGCCCCAGGCCUGUGCCCGCGCAUGGCCAACAUCGAUGGGAAGGAACUGCUCGCCCAUAUCCGCUCUGUUAACUUUAAUGGGAGUGCUGGGACUCCAGUCAUCUUUAAUGAAAAUGGUGAUGCCCCAGGACGUUACGACAUCUUUCAGUAUCAAAUCAACAACUACUCAGUGGCAGAGUACAAAGUAAUCGGACACUGGACCAACCAGCUUUAUCUCAAUUUGGACAGCCUGCAGUGGACCACAGGGGACCCCUCUCUCCCGGCCUCCGUGUGCAGCUUGCCCUGUCAGACUGGCGAGCGCAAGAAGGUGGUGAAGGGCGUCCCCUGCUGUUGGCACUGUGAGCGCUGUGAGGGCUACCACUACCAGUCCACUGAAUUCACCUGCGACCUUUGCCCUUACGAACAACGUCCAAACUACAACCGCACAGGCUGCCAAUCUAUCCCUAUUAUCAAACUGGAAUGGGACUCCCCUUGGGCUCUUUUCCCAGUUUUUAUUUCCGUUUUGGGCAUCAUCGCCACCACUUUCGUAAUAGCCACUUUCAUCCGCUACAACGACACUCCGAUUGUGCGUGCAGCUGGACGAGAAAUGAGCUACGUGUUGCUAACUGGUAUAUUCCUGUGCUACAUCGCGACAUUCCCGAUGAUCGCUGCUCCAGAUGUUGUGGUCUGCUCAUUCCGACGGAUUUUUCUCGGAUUAGGGAUGAGCAUUAGCUAUGCCGCAUUGCUAACGAAAACAAACCGCAUCCAUCGCAUCUUCGAGCAAGGCAAGAAGGCCGUGACUGCUCCGAAGUUCAUCUCGCCUGCUUCCCAGCUGGUCAUCACGUUCUCGCUCAUUUCCGUGCAACUUUUCGGCAUCCUGGUUUGGUUCGGUGCCGACCCACCCCAUACGUUUGUAGAUUACGGCGAGCAGAGAACGCAAGAUCCGAGAAAUGCCCGGGGAGUGCUCAAAUGUGACAUCUCAGACCUGUCCCUCAUCUGUUCGUUGGGUUACAGCAUCUUGCUUAUGGUCACGUGCACGGUUUACGCCAUCAAAACCAGAAGUGUUCCGGAGACGUUCAAUGAAGCCAAGCCCAUCGGAUUUACCAUGUACACCACGUGCAUCAUCUGGCUGGCCUUCAUCCCCAUCUUCUUUGGCACGGCACAGUCGGCAGAGCGGAUGUACAUCCAGACAGCCACUCUGACAGUGUCCCUGAGCCUCAGCGCCUCCGUGUCUCUGGGCAUGCUUUACAUCCACAAAGUCUACAUCAUCAUCUUUCACCCGGAGCAGAAUGUGCCCAAGCGCAAACGCAGCUUCAAGGCCAUCGUCACCGCGGCAACCAUGACCAGCAAACUGUCCCACCUGGCAGCCGAGCGUCCCAACGGGGAGGUGAAGACCGAGCUCAAGGAGUGUGAGGCUGUGGAGGCCAGCGUGCCUCCACCCAAGACUACAUAUGUGAGCUACGCCAACCACAACAUCUGAGAAAUCCUGGACCAGUGUCAGGGGAAAAAGACUUUAAAUAAGUCCAACUGUGGCACAGAUCACAAACUAAAGAUAUUUUGAUGUUUACAGACUGUGCAGAGCUAACGACGAAGGAACAAAAUACUGCGAAAACUUGAAAAUGGGAACUCUAAAGAUUAAAUAUUUAAAAGAUAAAGUGGGAUUCAACCAUGUGUGUCAUAAAUUUAACUGUACCUAAAAUUGUGGUCGUGAGUUUUUUGGUCUUGUCUCAUGUCCGUCCGUCGACUUGCAUUUGAGAUGAGUCUGUUGUGUUCGGCUAACGCUAAAUGUGGUUAGCUUUUGGUUGUGAAGUGGUUCCAAAUGAAGCA